GGACAGAGUGGGGCGCGCAAGAUCGAGCGUGCGAGGCCUGAGGCAGCAGUUCUGGCUCAAGCUGACUCUUUUCCUGCUGGCUACAAUAUGGAGAAUUUGGAGGAAGACAUAAUGUUUAUUGUGGAUGAGACAUUGGAUUUCAGUGUGCCAUCACCUUCGGACAGACAAUGAAUAAAACAACAGACACAGCCUUGCUUUGUUAGCAUUUGCCAGUUUCUGAGGUGUAAAUACUCACGUUGAAAAUUGAACAGUCGUCCUGGAGCCUAAAUAAGCUGCUCCAGCAUAUCCCUGUCGGCACUCCGAGUAGCAUCUAAACACUAACCUUGUAGCCAGUGUGAAAGUUAGAACUUUGAGUGGAUGAAAAAUAAAUUGUUAAGCUCUUAGUGUGUGCUACACACUAUGGUAAGCACUGAGGAUAGAAAUAUUUAGCCACACUCUCUGCCCUCAAAGAACUUCUGUAUUAAUAGAAUGGAGCCCCUAGAGUGGAGACUGACUGGGUUCAGCCGGCAGACCUGUCGCUUGCUCCCUAGUCCUGUCCCCUCCCGCCCCCCUCUUUUCCCCGGGCGGGAAUCUUGCCUGGAUCUGGAACAUCUAGGUUUGCUCUCUGACUCAGCCGAGAGGAGGAAGAGGCUGCGGAGCCGGUGAUUCCUGAGCGGCCACCUAGACGGGGUCUGGCCCACCGGAGUGACAUGAAUACAGUGGCCGAAGAGCCCCAGGGCUUAAGGCUAAGCCUAGGCCCUCUCAGCCCCGAGAAGUUGGAGGAAAUUCUGGCUGAAGCCAACCGUCUGGCAGCCCGACUGGAGCAGUGUGCCCUGCAGGAGAGGGACACUCCUGGUGAUGGCAAGGGGAGGCGGGUGAAGGCCAGUCCCCGACGGGAGACGUUCGUGGUAAAGAAUAGCCCUGUCCGAGCCCUGCUGCCCACCGUGAGCUCUUCCGUCCGGGGGGCCUCUUCUCCGGGAGGCCUGAGCCCCCGACUCCGGAGCAGUGAGAAGAAGGCGUCGGGCAAGGCUCUUCGAGCUGCACCUGGGAAGAAGCCUUCUAGCACAAAGAAAGAGGUGCCCACUGGCAGUGUGCUCCCCUCCACAAGAAGUCAGUCUUCUCCCCUCAGCCGGAUCACCCCUCCAGCCCGGGGGAAAGUGGGACCCAGCGGCAGAGCACCUGUUGCCGGCUCAGCUUCCACCACACGGCCAGGCCUCGCCCUACAGCUUCCCCCAAGCACCCUUCAGCGGCCAGCCCGGACACAGGGCCCGGCCAGCAGGCCCAGCAAGCUGCCCACACCUACUGCCAUCCCCAAACCCGCCAGCCAGGCCCUGCUCUCCAGCCGGAGUCCCCUGUCUGGGAAAGGCAGUCUGCCCCCAGAGUCCGCUCCACCUCGGAAAGGGCCAUUAAGGCCCAGCGCAGCAGGACACCGAGUUUCUGCUCCCCAGAAAUCAAGCCUUCCGGUCUCUGCUGCCUCCCGAAACCAUCUGCAGUUCCCCAAGAAGGUGACGACGUCUGGACUCGCUAGAGGGACUUAAGGAUCCAGAACUCAGCUGUGGGGACAGAUGCAGCAGGACUGUUGUCCCCUCAAUGGGGGGACACCGACCGAGGAGACACCAGCAAUUCAAGGAGCUCCUUGUUCUGUCU